CCUUCUCCUUCCCCGCUCCCUCCCCCUCCACAAAAUCGAGUAGCAGUACACCACGGCUUAGCAAACAUGGCGGUCGUGUUAAGCUCUGCUUUCCGUCAAAUUCCUGCAAAAUUUCAGGGUGGGAAGAUAUUUUUGAAGAAUGGAGGAUCAUUAUACUACGCAAACAAUGACACUCAGAAGAGGAAUGCUGCCAAGUGGAUGCCAGACCCCAGAUAUAUAAGGCAGUUUGAAGGACCCUGGGAAGGUGCAGCCAAGGAGUACUGGUCCCUUUUACCACCAAACCAUCGUUUGCCUGUUCCUAUUGAGAGGAAGGUCCGCAAUGCCAUGCUUAACUUUGGUCCUCAGCAUCCUGCUGCUCAUGGAGUGCUACGACUUGUCUUGGAGCUUGAUGGAGAGGUGGUAAUUCGAGCAGAUCCCCACAUUGGUCUCCUUCAUCGCGGUACAGAGAAACUUAUUGAAUACAAAACCUAUACCCAAGCUCUCCCUUACUUCGAUCGAUUAGAUUAUGUCUCCAUGAUGUGCAAUGAGCAAUGCUAUUCUCUUGCUGUGGAAAAACUCUUAAAUAUUGAAGUUCCUCUGCGAGCCAAGUACAUCAGAGUCCUUUUUGCUGAAAUUACUCGGAUCUUAAACCACAUAAUGGGUGUUGGUACUCACGCCCUUGAUGUGGGAGCCAUUACUCCUUUUUUCUGGCUUUUUGAGGAACGAGAAAAGAUGAUGGAAUUCUACGAGAGAGUGUCAGGAGCUCGAAUGCACGCUGCUUAUGUCAGGCCUGGAGGUGUUGCAUUGGAUAUGCCAUUGGGUCUGAUGGAGGAUAUUUACGAGUUUGCUUCAAAGUUUGGUGAGCGUCUUGAUGAAGUUGAUGAUCUUUUAACCAAUAAUCCAAUUUGGACGGCUCGAACAAUAGACAUUGGUGUAAUCAGUGCUGAAGAUGCUCUUAAUUACGGAUUCAGUGGAGUUAUGCUGCGUGGCUCUGGCGUCAAGUGGGAUUUACGAAAGUCCCAACCCUAUGAUGCAUAUGACCUUGUAGAAUUUGAUGUACCAGUUGGAGUUAAUGGAGACUGUUAUGACAGGUAUCUUAUCCGAAUGGAGGAAAUGAGGCAAUCACUUCGAAUAAUUGAGCAAUGUCUUAACCAGAUGCCACCAGGCGAAGUUAGAACUGAUGAUGCCAAAGUUGCUCCUCCAACUAGAGCUGAGAUGAAGACAUCAAUGGAAGCUCUGAUUCAUCAUUUCAAGCUCUUCACCCAAGGUUACAGUGUUCCUCCUGGUUGCACAUAUACUGCUAUUGAAGCUCCUAAAGGUGAAUUUGGUGUUUAUCUGAUUUCUGAUGGAAGUUCAAAACCAUACCGGUGUAAGAUCAAGGCUCCUGGCUUUGCCCAUCUUGCAGCCAUUGAUAAAUUGGGAAAGAAUUUGAUGUUGGCAGACAUUGUUGCAAUUAUUGGUACACUUGAUGUAGUUUUUGGAGAAAUUGAUCGCUAAAUAUACUGAUUAAUCAAGGAAAAUAUAAAUAAUUGUACAGGGCUGUCAAAGUGAUACAUCAUUUUAGAAUGUAAAUAAAAUGUAUUAUAUCUUA